AUGACUCCGAGGCUCGACAAUUAUCGUGGCCCGCUCAACCAUCCGGCAGCCUCACCGUAUACAUCGCCUCCCCAGCCUGGGCCAAACGCGUCUUCGACAUUCUUCCACCGCCAUGGCCCCUACAACAUGGCCUCUCUAGCCAACGCCAUGCCCAUGGACAGCUACCAUCACGGUCAAUACCAGAGAGGUGUCCAUCAGCCAAGAUACGCUGCUAGUCUGUCACCGCCUUUGGCUCCUCAUAUGCCGCCGAUGCCUCAGUACGCCGGGCAUUCGCCGAUUCCCAUGGUGCCUCAGGGCUACUAUGUGCCACAAGCCCAGCAUAUCUCACCCUACUAUGGCGGUGGCCACUUGGCUGUCAGUCAGGUCAACGCGGCCAUGCUGCAGAGACAAAACGUGGCAUAUUACCCAAGUCCUGUGGCCAUGGGCCACCCGCCCACGCCAUAUUACUAUCCCCAGACGGCUUCGUAUCCCGUCCAGAUGCCCAGUGUGCCGCCGGUCGUCACUCCGGGCCAACAGCAUCCUCGUGCAGAGAUUGGCCAACGCGUGGUGACAGGGCCCCCAACCCCUAACCAAUCGUCGGAUGGUUUGCCACUAUCCUAUCCAUCUGAGAAGAAGUCUGCUCAUGUCAGCUUGGAGGAGCAGAAAAACUCUGCUCGACACUCGUCGCGUAAGCCUCGACAAACUGGAAAUGCUGUCUGGAUCGGAAAUCUGCCACCUCAAACCGACUUGAUGACCCUCGUACGCCACGUUUCGAAGGAGACAAAUGGACUCGAAUCCUUGUUCCUGAUCGCCAAGAGCAACUGCGCGUUUGCCAAUUUCAAAGACGAGGCGUCUUGCAUUGCUGCGCAAGUCAAACUGCACGAAUCCAGAUUCCAGUCUGUCCGCCUUGUCAGUAGGCUCCGGAAGAAUGACCUUGACGGCAGUGCUGGCCCAUCUCCGCCAACCGGGCCGGCGUCGGGUCCAGGAAACUCUUCCAGGUCGACCAGUCAAGCCGCAAGCAACUCGGCAGUCAAAGUCGAUGGUGUGAGCUCGACCGCUACUGUUGACGGCGCUGAGCACCCGGUAGCUACCGUGCCUGACGCGGCAGCAAAGCACCAUGACAGAUUCUUCAUCCUGAAAAGUCUGACAGUGGACGACCUUGAGCUCAGUGUACGGACUGGAAUUUGGGCAACGCAGCCUCACAAUGAAGAAACGCUGACUGACGCGUUCAAGCAAUGUAGCAAUGUGUACUUGAUUUUCUCAGCCAACAAAUCUGGGGAAUACUUUGGCUAUGCUCGAAUGGCUUCCGAGUUCAGCCCUUCUUUGGAUUCGACAAUCAAGUUUGCACCGGUGCAACGAUCGACGAACGAAUCGGAUCUCACAAAGGAGAUACUCACGGACGCGACUGAAUAUGUCCCCAAGGGUAGGAUCCUUCAUGAUCCAACCAGGGGCACGAUUUUUUGGGAAGUUUUCCAAGACGACUCUGAAAAAGCUGUCGAUCACGAUGCCAGCGUUGCCGACGGGCCAGACGGCGCCUUGAACGGAGACGAGGAGGAGGAAAGAUCGUGGGGAAAGCCCUUUAGGGUUGAAUGGCUGUCGACGUCUCGCCUUCCCUUUCAUCGAAUCCGCGGGUUACGAAACCCUUGGAACUCCAACCGAGAGGUCAAGAUUGCGCGAGAUGGCACCGAGAUUGAACCUUCCGUCGGACAACGACUCAUUGGCCUGUUCAACACUUCGCAAGGAUCCGGGUCGACGGCGGGCGGGAGGCCGCCGGCCGGUGCGAUGCCCAGAUACCAACAGAUGGGAUCGUAUGCACAUGCACAAUAA